GCCUAAGGACCAGUGCUGGGGCUCCCCCCAGACAGCUGGCUCCCUGGGACUGCUGGCCUUGUGGGGCAGGGCUGUGGGGAAGCUCCUCCGCCAGAAGACUCAGGGAGCUGAGAAGCUGUAGCCAAACCAAGAACUGCCUCUGCCUCAGGAACAACCACUCUGCUUUCACUCUGCUGCCCACGACAGCCACAUCCUCCUCACACCCCCAGUCUCCCAUGGAGAGCUCAGAUGCAGAACUGGACCUUCAGAGGAGUGUGCACGCUGUGCUCCGGGAGCUCAGUGCUCAGGCCCCAGCCCUGCAGAGCAACCAGGGCAUGUGGAGAUGGUCCCUGCACAAGAAGGUAGAGCGAGACCCUGGGAAGAACCCAGCACUAGUCCGAAUUCUGCUCAGAGAGCUGGAGAAGGCAGAGAACGAGGACCUCCGGCACGUCAUCAUUCCCCUGCUGCACACCCUGAUGUACGUGCUCACUAAGGCCACAGGCAUCACGGAAGAGCUCUACCAUAAAACCUACGCCUUCUGCACCAGGUUAUUGACCCUGCCCACCCCCUACUGCACUGUGGCUUUGGACUGCGCCAUAAGGCUGAAAACGGAGAUAGCGGUCCCAGGAACGCUGUACCAGAGGAUGGUCCUUGCAGAGCAAAACUUGAUGAGUGAUGUGUAUCCCUACCAGGAGAGAGUGUUCCUCUUCGUGGAUCCUGAGCUGGUGUCUCCCUCAGUGUGCAGUGCCCUGCUACUGGAGAUCGAGGCAGCCCAGGAGCAGCAGACGCCCGAGGCCUGCAUGCGCCACGUGGUCUCCCACGCCCUUCAGGCAGCUCUGGGGGAGGCCUGCCACCCCAGUGCCCUGCACAGGAAGCUGCAGGCCAGCUCCCGCCGCGUCCUGGAGUACUACUUCCAUGCCGUGGUGACUGCAGUGGAGCAGAUGGCAGACGAGGCCAAUCCGAGCCGCGCUGAGCACCUUGAGAGGCUGGAGGAGAUUUACUACUCGCUGCUGGGACCGGCGGUGGCAGCUAAGGGGCGCUGCGGCAGUGACACUCUCCAGGACCGGCCACCAAGCAUCCCCCUGCCCAGCCCCUACAUCACCUUCCACCUGUGGACUGACCAGGAGCAGCUCUGGAAGGAGCUGGUGCUCUUCCUGCACCCACAAUCCCAGCUGCGCCUCAGUGCUGACUUGGAGGCCUUGGAUCUGCAAGGCCUGGGGCCAGACCGGGACUUGGCCCGGGUGUCCAUGCUGUCCACAGACAGCGGGAUCGAGCGGGACCUGCCUUUGGGGGCUGAUGAACUCCUCAUCCCCAGCAGCCCUGAGAUGGAGCGAGCUGGGCUGCAACGCAAAGGGGGCAUCAAGAAGCGUGUAUGGCCCCCAGAUUUCUCCAUGCCUGGCAGCUGGGAUGGGCCCCCGGGGCUACACCGCAGAACAGGCAGGCCUAGCGGGGAUGGAGAGCUGCUUCCCGGGGUGUCCCGGGUGCACACGGCCCGGGUGCUGGUGCUGGGUGAUGACAGGAUGCUAGGGCGUCUGGCCCAGGCCUACCACAAACUCAGGAAACGGGAGACCCAGAAGUUCUGCCUCACCCCCAGACUCAGCCUGCAGCUCUAUUACAUCCCGGUGCUGGCACCACAGGACCCCACAGCCUCCAGGCCACCUGAGCUGGGCGAGCUGGCCACGUUCCUGGGCCGCGCGGAUCCUUGGUACGAGAGCACUGUCAACACCCUGUGCUCCGCCAUCCACAAAUUGGCCGAGAUGCCACUCUGUCUGGACACUACCCGGACCGUGGACCCCUUCAUCCUCGAUGUCAUUACUUACUAUGUGCGCAUGGGCACCCAGCCCAUCUAUUUCCAGAUCUACACUGUCAAGAUCUUCAGUGACCCGAGCCAGGGUGUAACCGAGGACAUUUUCCUUACUGAGCUAAAAGUGAAGAUCCAAGACUCCAAAUCUCCCACAGAGGGAGCUACACCAAGAAGAAGAGGCACCCCUGACAGCCCAGGUGCUGAGCUCUCCAUCUGCUACCAGAAGGCUCUGCUUAGCCACCGGCCCCGAGAGGUCACUGUUUCCCUGAGGGCCACUGGGCUGGUCCUGAAGGCCAUUCCGGACAGUGACGCUGAAGGGUCCGCUGACUGUCCCCCCGCUGCUGCUCCUGUUGUGGCUCACAAGUGUCUGAAUGUCAGCGUGACAGAGGUUGUCAAGUCCUCCAACCUGGCAGGAAGGUCCUUCUCUACAGUGACAAACACCUUUCGGACCUCCAGCAUCCAGAUCCAGAGCCAAGACCAGAGGCUGCUGAUGCUACUGCUGGACAAAGACCAUCGGCGCACUUUCAGGGAUGUGGUCAGAUUUGAAGUGGGCCCCUGCCCAGAGCCAUGUUCCAGGACCCAGAAGUCCAAGAUGUCCUGGCUCAGUCCACAUGGACAGAAGGAGAUGGAACCAGCCCAGUCCACAUCCAAACCCCUUCUCAUGCCCAUCAACACAUUCUCUGGCAUCAUCCAAUGAGGGGCCUAAGAAGAGGGAAAUGCUAACCUCACACAACUCCCCGGCACUCACACUGCUGGCCACAAUGAGCCUUGCUCCAUGGGCAGCUCUGGUUUUGACUAGGAAUCAGUGAGGGCCUGGGACCCCAGGGAGCCUGCCCUGCAGGUGUGUGAGGGAGAAGGACCCCCAUAAAAGCCAGAAGAUUAGUCCGGCAAAGCAGUGACUCUCUGAGGGCACACAGCCCUGCUCCGCCCAAGAAUGCCCACUCCUAUUUUUUUUUUGUUUUGUUAAUGUAUUUGGUUGUUAUAAGAUCUCACU